CUGAGUCACGGAGGUUUUGCAUAGCCGGUGUUUGGUUACAAGCCUUUUAUGGACUCCCCCAUCAGGGAUAUCAGUAUCUGCAUUAUAACUCCUAUCUAUUCUUAGGUGACACUUCGGCAGGACUGACCAGAGCCUUUGGGGUUCCUGGCGUAAAACUGAGAUAAAAUGUCUUACAGCGUGACUCUCAACGGACCUGGACCAUGGGGGUUCCGACUGCAAGGGGGGAAAGACUUCAAUAUGCCUCUGACCAUCUCCAGAAUUACGCCUGGCAGCAAAGCAGCUCAGUCCCAGAUGAACCAGGGGGACAUGGUGGUAGCCAUUGAUGGGGUCAAUACAGAUGGAAUGACUCACUUAGAAGCCCAGAAUAAAAUAAAAUCAGCGAGUUACAACCUGGCUCUUACUCUUCAGAAAUCAAAACGUCCAGCUCCAGUUCCAACAGCCACCCCAAGAAUUGACUCUCCCAUGCCCGUGAUUCCUCAUCAAAAGGAUACUGUUCUGGAAGUCAAUGGCAACCGAACAAGCUUCGAUCCUCUAACUAGCACAACAGCUGGGUCCAUGAGUAGCAUUUUAGCAAGCAAUGGAGCACAUUCAGGCUACCUCAGCAAACAAGAGACCAGCCUUUUACAUAGUUCUUCCUUCUUAAAGACUACUACCAUUAGAUCUUCCAUGUCCUCUCAGUCCGUGACUCCUGAUCUGUCACCAGCAAAAAGUGACAUAGGUUCAAAAACAAGCUCAAUGAUCACAGAUGGCAGUAGCCCUAAACACCAGUUGAGCCCAGCAAGGCAAUAUAACAACCCCAUUGGCCUGUAUUCAGCAGACACCCUAAGGGAAAUGGCUGAGAUGCAUAAGUUAAGUCUCAAGCAAAGGGCUUCAGAAGGUGGACUUCCCAGAGGUAGCCUCCCUGUUAAAGAUCCUCAUGUAGACAGUGCCUCUCCAGUAUAUCAGGCUGUACUUAAAACUCAGAACAAGCCUGAAGAUGAGCUUGAUGAUUGGAGUCGCCGUUCUUCCAACUUGCAGUCCAAGUCCUUCCGCAUCCUGGCUCAGAUGACAGGAACUGAGUACAUGCAAGAUCCAGACGAAGAUGCCCUGAGGAGAUCAAGUGGCAAGAGCAAAGUUGCGGAAACAUCCAAAAACAGCCUUGCAGGUACUGCUCAUGAGGCACAGUAUGUGACGUCAAGUGUUUGGCAUCAUCCUAAGCCACACAAUACAGAUGCCAACACUGGCAAAGCUAAAGCAAUGGCCUCCAAAGGUUCCGUGAGAUUUGGAACAGGUGCAAGUCAGAGGGAAGCCAGCUACCCCAGUGCUGGCCAGAAAGUCCCUCUUGCUUCAUCCAGUAACCCAAGUACCCCUGUUGAGCAUGUGCCAGUAUCUACCCGCUGCACCCCUUCUGCUAUGUCGCCUGCUUCAGCCCAUCAGCCCGCUACUGCUGCUCACAGUGCUGCUCACCAGAUGACCCUGCCAUCGGCCAUGGCCACUUCAGUGGUACAUGAUUCCAUCUCAUCAUCUUGCCAAAGCCUCAACCGGCAUUCUUCCACUUCCAUCACCUACCAGUCCAAAAAGAGAGGUCCAGGCCAAUCUUAUAUAUCAUCAGCACCAGCUCCCCAUGGCCCAGCUCCUUACACAGGCUACAGUGAAGCCCCAGCUCCUGCUUCGAAACCUAGAGUUGUCACCACUGCCAGCAUCAGGCCCUCAAUUUAUCAGCCAGCUCCAGCACCAGCACCAGCUCCGGCACCAGCACCAGCUCCAGCACCAGUAUCUGUACAUACUUACACUCCAAGCCAAGCUGAGCCUUCUAGCCGUCCUCCCUGGAUAACAGAUGACUCAUUCUCCCAGAAAUUUGCUCCUGGAAAAACUACAACCACUGUCACAAAGCACAUUCUACCACGGGGGGCUCCAGUGCCGCCGUCACCUGCCUCAGCUCCAACUUAUCAACCUCCUUCAAUUCCAGCCUCCUCUCAGGCUCCUGCUGUUGCCAGAGGAACAAUUCAAAGGGCUGAACGCUUCCCGGCCAGCAGCCGGACUCCACUCUGCGGACACUGUAAUAGCAUAAUCAGAGGUCCUUUCUUGGUAGCCAUGGGUCGUUCUUGGCAUCCAGAGGAAUUCAACUGUGCUUACUGCAAGACAUCCCUGGCUGAUGUAGGCUUUGUCGAGGAACAGAACAGCGUGUACUGUGAGCGCUGCUAUGAGCAGUUCUUUGCCCCAACCUGUGCCAGAUGCCAUACCAAGAUCAUGGGGGAAGUGAUGCAUGCCCUUAGGCAGACUUGGCACACAACUUGCUUUGUCUGUGCCGCCUGCAGGAAGCCAUUUGGAAAUAGCCUCUUCCACAUGGAGGAUGGAGAGCCCUACUGCGAGAAAGACUAUGUUGCCCUGUUCAGCACCAAAUGUCAUGGAUGUGACUUCCCUGUUGAAGCAGGAGAUAAGUUCAUCGAAGCCCUUGGACACACUUGGCAUGAUACCUGCUUCAUUUGUGCUGUGUGCCAUGUGAACUUGGAAGGUCAGCCGUUUUAUUCAAAGAAGGAUAAGCCAUUGUGCAAGAAACAUGCACAUGCAAUAAAUGUCUAAAGGAAGAUCUGGAAGCUAGAGACAAAGCGAAAAGAUUAAGGAUCGAAUCAACAAAUGAAAUAUAGAUAACAAUGGAUGUUUCAUGAUGGGGUGGGGGCAGGGGAGACAAUGAAUAAUGAACACUUAUGAAGUUCAAUUCAAUUGCUUUUAUAUUUGCAGAUCUUGCAGUAUUACUCUUGCAUACUGUAGACAAAAAAGUGAACUAAGAUUCAAAACUUGACAGUGAAAUAAUGCUGCAAAAGUUUGAUCAAAAUGAACAAAAAUAUAAAAAUAUUUGUAAAACAUACAUAAAAUUACUAAUAUUGAAUAUCUUCUAGUAUGCUUACCUGGGCAAAGUGAAGACUGAUACCACAUACUAGUGCUAAAAAAAAAAGUACAGAUCAUUCUUAGUAUUAUUAUACUACUCAAAGUGCCAAAAUAGAGAUGUAAGUUUUGGGCGGUAUAAAAAUAUGUAAAAUAAAUAAAAUAAAAUAAAUAAAAUAGUACAUGUUGAAUAACUUGUAGAGUCCUAGCUAAUAGUGAUAGGUGGAUUAAGUGUUCCUCACAAAAGAAACAGAAUUAUAUUCCAUUAUUGUAUUUAUGACAUGAUAGUUCUUCUAACACCAGACUUUUUAUGGACCUUAGACUUACUUUUGCAGGCCUUCUACCAUGAACUGGCUUUCCCAGUCAAGGCUUGAAUCCAGCUGCUACUAAGGGCCUAUUCACACUUCCCCAAAGCAGUGUGGGACCUGCUUCCUUUUGUAUAAAGAAUCACAUAGGUGGGUCUGGGGACAUGGUUCUUUCCUACAUAAACAUGGUACUUCCUUCCAGCCGGGCAAUCUUUGCUCAGGAAUGAGCCACUGCCACAUCACUGGUCCUCCACAUGUGGUUCCUUCAUAAACGAUGACAUGAGAAGCAGCGCCUAUACUGUUGUGAAUGUGAAAUGGCAUUUGUUUUAAUGUAGCAGAAUUAGGGGUAAAUGUAGCCCUAGCUUGCACACACCUGAAGCUGCAUAGGAACUGUUUUCCCAUCAUGCUAUCUCAUGUGGCUAUGGCAGACGGAUACGCAUAUGCAACCGGACGAGUGGAGCCAAUUGUGUGAGUCUUACUGCCAGAUGGGAACAGGGCAAUUGGGUUAUGAUUGUGUGAGAAAGACCCAUGCCAUCAGCUCUGGCCAUAUGGUUGUACUGUUCACAUAAAUACUGCAGUCCUGUGUGACAAAACUGCAGGGAAUACCCCCCCCCCACACACACACAUGCAGUUCUGGAUGUGAGUGAAGAGUUGAAGUGAGUGGUAGAGGGGGUGGGGCGGGGAGUUGAGCUGCAUUAAUUCCUUUUGAGAAAAGAAAAUAGAAAGUGUAUAGCAGCAAAGGGUGGGGGAAGGCUGUGGCCAAUUACCUCAUUCAGAGCUUAACAAGGGAAUUACUUUCCCCCAAUUUGCUUUUGCAUAAGGAAAGAGAAAGGGCUGAAAAGGAUCUAGUUUGUGUUUCUACAUGAAGCUGAUUCGCUUUUCCACUUAUUUGACUGUCCUCUCAUCUCAUAGAUCUAGGGAAAUGCCUAAUAUAAUUGCAGCCCAAGGAGGACAGAGAGAUAGGAAAUAGCCAGAGGGAAUUCCACUACAAUUUCCAUCCUUUGUGAAUGAGGCACUCUCUUUUCCCCCUCCUAAAAUUGAUAGCAUUCACAGGGCUGCCCUAUGUCACAGGCAUGCCCAGUUCUAACUGUGAUUAGGUUGUUUUAAUAUGACAUCUCUGAGGCAUGAUUGGUUUGCUGCUAAAAGGAAAUAAAGCCUUUGGAACUUAGAGUAGCAUUUGUGUAACAUCUUUUUCAGUUUUUGAACAAACCUUACUUAAUAUAUCUGAACAAGAACUUAUUGAAGCUUUUGUAUUGUUGCAAAUGGCAGUAUGUAUUUAUACUGGUCGUAGCUUUGGAUAUUUAUGUAGUAGUAUCAGGUAACUGUUUUAUACAAUAAGACAAGUGGCUCAUGUCUACUCAAAUGAGAAUCCUAAGCUGUGACAAACAUGGGAGGAUCUGUCGACCUCAGUGUUAGUAGCUCAUUUGAGUGAACAAAAGGAUAAUGCUGAAGCUAUUUACUCCAAAGUAAUAUACUUUCCAAUAAAUAGCUUCAGCACUGAAGUCUUUGGUUUCUUGUUUAUAGCAACAUAUUAUAGUUACCAUUUGUAAAAUCUAUUUCACAAUCUGAGGUGAUAUGAGCCCUUUUGAUUAAUACCCCCACCUAUGUGGGUUUUGUUUUUUAACAUGCAGCAGCAACAACAACAAAAACCUGUUAAUGAUGACUGUUUUCUCCCUCUCAAAAUUCUAUACCUUAUUUUAAGAAAUAUGCUAUGGAAGCAGCUUUAAGUCCUAUUGUGAUUGCGGUGGGAGAUCAUUAACCAUAUUCUUUAUGUUCCCAAUAAAAUUCAUUGGACUUAAAAGUGCUUAACUUUGGCUGGAUCCAGUCAUGUUUUGUUUUUCUUUGUUUCAGAGAUUGGAGGACAUACCAGAACAUUCACAUUUCUAAUAUGUAACAUUUUUCUCUUUUUAUUUAAUCCAUAUUUUGCAUAUUUUAAGUGUGUCUGACCUCCAAUAUAUAUGCAAAUACAGCACUUUAAUUCUUAUUGAUCAUGUCCAUUUAACAAGGACUGCAGAACCGUGUGAUUUAUUAUUCUUAAAAAUAAUAUCUAGCAUGUUUGUCAAACGUUUUUAUUUAUCAAAGACAUGCUGGUCUUUUCUUUGCAUCUUUUGAACUAGAAUCUUAGUUGGUGACAAUUAGAAUAGCUGUUGGGAGUGGAGCUUCUUACAGUCUGAGAAAUCAGCAACACACAAAUAAGAUUAAAUUUUCACAGUGCUCUUUUCCAUUUCAGACUUUCUUUGGCUGGCACUUUUCAGUGUGCAACAUGAAUAAAAUGGCAGUGAGCUCCAUUUGUUGUUUCAUAACAGAAUCAUGAUCAAAUGCUAUAAUAGAUUAUGGAUUGGCUGCACUGUAAGAGCGCUGUCAUUAUUCAUUGCUUUGUCUCCCUGUGGCUGGGUCCCAUACUGUUCUGGUAAUACUUGGAUGACUGAAAUCACAGGGGUGAGAGUCAUGUGGGAAGUUCCCUUGCCAGCUCCAUUGACCCCUAGUCUCUAAGUGGCAAAUGUACAAACAUGUAUUCACUCAACUUUGAGAAUUUUCUAUACAGUCCAGAAGAACAUUAUUUAAACAUCCUAUUGUAUACAACAUUACUAGAAGCUUGUGCAUGUUUAUAUAGUAGUUUUAGGGUGUGAUCCUGAACAUAGUUGACUUGGAAAGGAUUCAGUUGAUGCCAAUGGUAACUGAGAGCCAGGGUAGAUAAUUUUGUACUCAGCUUACCUGCAGAAAUAACUGCUCCAACUGAGUGGUCUGUGCAGAUGAAUAGUGUACCAUGGAAGGAGGGAACUAAUGGGAUACUGUGUCUCUUCUUCUGUGAUAAGAGAAGAACCAUUUGCAGAGGAAGAAACAUUGUCUUCCUUCCAUGUUACAUGCAAGAAGACCAUUUGCAUGAGCUGUUUUCACAAGCAAACCCAUCCAAAAAGCACCUACAAUGGCUCUUAAUGCCAAGUAAAUAUAACUAGGAAUAAAAUAUUAACAAUAUUUGAUUAGUACCUCAUAAUCCAUCCUGCCAAGACCACUUUUUUAAAGAAAAAGAAUAAUAUGCAUGCAUAAUACAAAGUAGGGUCCAUAAUUAACUAGUAAAAUAAUUGUGAUUGGGGGUGGGGUGGGGUUACUUGGCAGGUUCAAUUGUGUACUGUAUUUGUGACCUGUAACAAUUGCCUAUGUUAAUGCUAAAAUAAUCUUGUUACUAUUUUGUUUCACCAAAAGAGUGGUUGUAUUUUUUGCCUUUUUCUUCUUAAAAAGUGGCAUACUGUACCUAUGAAUGACCAAAUGAUUAAAAUGAUGCUGAAGCAUUUGAGAGGAUUUGUAAAAGACUCCAUCAUCUUAUACCAAUGGCAUGUAAUGAAAAAUUGUAACAUUUAUUUUCUCUAGAAAUUUCACAAACAUCUGUUUAAAAGUUUCUGGAUGCAUUCUACAUCCUAUUGAAUAAUACAACAAAACUCCCAUUUAUUUUAAUGGCUCUGGAUUUCACUUUCUUUGUGGUUGUCUUCCAGUUUGCCUAAAGGAUAGGAAAUGUAGCAUACAUGAGAAUAAUUAAAAAAUAGUACUCCACCAAAAACAAUUCAUCAUUGCAUCCUAAAAAAUAAUUUUCGCAAAAAUAAAACCAGUACAAACAAGCAAAAUGACAUGAGUUUGGUCCUUCAGUGGUCAGUAAUCUGGUUUAAAUGUUUUAUUCAAGACUCUCUGUAUUCAGUGCAGAGACUUGCUUAAAACUCUCUGUGUGUUCAAUAAUGUGAAUGCAACAGCACUAAAUACAAAUUAGCACCUGCUUCUGGGCCAUGUUACAUUAAUUGGGAAGAUCUGGUAGCAGGAGCUAAUUUUUUAUUUUAUUUUGUUUUUGUAAAAAUGAAACAGUUAAACAUUUUGCAACUGAGUGAUUUGUUUCCUACAGCAAUCACACCAAGAAUCUUGUGUUGUUUUUAAUGUAUGGAAAUAUUGGCUUGACACCACAAGUGACCUUACUUUUACAUAUAGGUUUGGUAUUGAUCACCUAGAUUUUUAUUUCAGAAGCUCAAUGUACUGUGUGAUGAAGUGUGCGUGAAUGAAUAUACCUUGCAUGGAUUAUCUGUGCCACCACAAAUAAAAUAUUCUACUAAACAAA